GCAGAUGGUGCCCUUCUGGACACUGGCAAGCCUCAAAGGCACUAUGGAAUUACCUCCCCGAUUAGUUUGGCUCCUCCUAAGGAUAUAGAUUGCAUUCAUACUCAGAAGCUGAUUGAAGCAAUGAAGCCAUUUGGUGUGUUUGAGGAUGAGGAAGAACUGAAUCACAGGAUGGUUGUUCUUGGUAAGCUGAAUAACUUGGUCAAAGAAUGGAUUUCAGAACUUGGUCAGAGCAAGAAUCUUCCCCCUUCAGCAACAGCAAAUGUUGGUGGCAAAAUAUUUACAUUUGGUUCUUACCGCCUUGGAGUACACACUAAAGGUGCUGACAUAGAUGCAGUUUGUGUUGCUCCUAGACAUGUGGAAAGGUCGGAUUUUUUUCAGUCAUUCUUUGAAAAACUGAAACAUCAGGAGGAAAUAAAAAAUCUGAGAGCAGUUGAAGAUGCAUAUGUACCAGUUGUCAAAUUUGAGUUUGAUGGAAUUGAGAUUGAUCUUGUCUUUGCAAGACUGUCUAUGCCAACUAUUUCUGACAAUCUUGAUCUCGGAGAUGACUCGCGUCUGAAAAGCCUGGAUAUAAGAUGUAUCCGUAGCUUGAACGGCUGCAGGGUUACUGAUCAAAUACUGCGUCUGGUGCCAAACCUAGAGAACUUCCGUCUCGCUCUCCGUGCAAUUAAACUGUGGGCAAAACGCCGUGGCAUUUAUUCAAACAUGCUGGGAUUUCUUGGUGGAGUUUCCUGGGCGAUGCUAGUAGCAAGGACAUGUCAGCUCUAUCCAAAUGCUUUGGCUUCUACUCUGGUUAACAAGUUCUUCUUGGUUUUUUCAAAAUGGGAAUGGCCAAAUCCUGUAUUGCUGAAACAACCUGAAGAGAGCAACCUUAAUUUACCAGUAUGGGAUCCAAGGGUGAACCCGUCAGACCGGUAUCAUGUCAUGCCUAUCAUCACUCCAGCCUAUCCACAGCAGAACUCCACAUACAAUGUGUCUCCGUCAACACGGGCCAUAAUGGUAGAGGAAUUCAAACGUGGUCUUGCAGUUACAAAUGAGAUUCUCCAAGGGAAAUCGGACUGGUCAAAACUCUUUGAACCCCUGAACUUCUUUCAGAAAUACAAACAUUACAUUGUACUGACUGCUAGUGCUUCUACAGAGGACCAUCACUUAGAAUGGAUUGGCCUUGUCGAAUCUAAAAUUCGUGUCCUGGUUGGAAACUUGGAGAGGAAUGAAUUUAUAAAUAUGGUACAUGUGAAGCCACAAUCUUUUCCUGGCAACCAAGAACUCUGUAGACAGGGUGAACAUGUAUCAAUGUGGUUUCUUGGAAUCGAAUUUAAGAAAGUGGAAAAUGCGGAAAGUAUUAACGUUGAUUUAACUCAUGUUGUACAGUCAUUCACAAGUACAGUUUACCGGCAGGCUAGCAACCUCAACGUGCUAAAGGAAGGAAUGAAGAUUGAGGCAGCUCAUGUGAAGAGAAAGCAUCUCCACUAUUUUUUGCCAGCUGAAACCAUUCAGAAAAAGAAGAAGCAAAGUAUGCCAGAUGUUAGUAAAAAUGCCUGUGAGCUUCAGUGCAAAAGGACUUCUUCAGAUGGAAACUGUUCGGGCAAUUCCAGAGACAAGGACUUCAGAACUCCAUAUAAUUCCUCUGUAUUAGAUAAGAUAACUAAAAUGGACACAUCUACAACAGAGAUGAAAAGAACUGCUGUAUAUCAGAGAUCCAAUACCACUAACAACAGAGAGAAGAUACCUCUUGGAGCUGUGCCAUCAGCAUCCACGACAUUCUCUAUGCCUGUUGCUGAUUCAAAACAUAACACAGUUUUUAAAGUAGGACCACAUUUUGGCCAAGGGCAGCAUGAAUUAACUGGGAGUCCAGUUACAGACCCAAAGAAUACUGCCUCUAAACGACCUUAUUCACCCACCUCAACAGGAGAUGAACGCCCCAAAAAAAUUACGGAUGGAGAAAAGCGAACUGGACAGGACUCAGCAUUCAAAGAUUGUGGCAACCCAGAAGAUGUCAUGAGAGCUACAGGAAAUGACAUGUUUGGAGGAAAAGCCAUGCUUGCUCCAGUCAUCCAGACAACAAGAUCACAGAGGCUUUCCAGUAAAGAACUACCAGAUUCUUCAUCUCCUGUUCCAACAAAUAGUAUUCGUAUUAUUAAAAGAUCCAUCAAACUUACCCUUAAUGG